CCUGCGGUACGAAAGUGGUGUUCUAUGAUGGAUCAAGUGGGCAACUCACGCCUAUGGAAGAAAUUACACGACCCAACAUCAAUAACACCUAGAGCCCAACAAUGGCCGUCUGGUCAGAACUCAUUCCCAACUAAGUAUGACCAUCUCCCUGCCAUCCAUGGGGAGAGCCCACGAAGCCCAGACGGUACUUUGGUUCCCCUGAGGAGCAACAGGAAGGGCUCCCCAAUGUACGCACACCGCAAGGAUGGCAUUGACGACACAGAAGAGAGGGUACGACAACUCGAGAUGAGGCUCACUGUGUCCGAAAAAUCCAACAGGGCACUGCUGGAGGAGGUGCUUCGGUUACAGAAUGACCUCAGGAACACGUCGCGGAGAAGUGAGGACGUGCUGAGAGAGGAACGGGAGUCUCGGCAACAGUUGUCUGAGGCAAUAAAAAUAAGUAAUGACUUGAUUUCACAGCUCAGUGUAAGGAUAAAAGAGACAGAGGAAAAGAUUGAGGAUGAGAAAGACACUUUGGCUACGUUGUUUAGUCAUACAAAGAAUGUUGAAAAGUCGGUUGUAGUGAGCCAACAGGAGAUUCAUCAACGAAGGGAUGCUCAACAGUUGAAACUUCAGGAGCUUAAGGCAGAACUUAAUGAGACAAAGUCAUCGCGGAGCCAGUUGGAGCAAGUGACGUACACGCUGACGGAGGAGGUGCGGUCCCUGAAGAACCGGGUAGAGACACAGCAGGCAGAGUUCUCUAACAUGCUUUCAGAUGUGAGAAACAGGGCACGGAAACUGGAGGAUGAAGGCAGAACCCAUUUGGAGUCAAUGCGAAAGCAGUCAGAGAUGCACAGCAUGUCGGACAUCGGCAACACCCAGCUACGAGGACAGGUGGAAACCAGGUUAUCGGAGCUGCGUGAUGUGCUGAUGGACCUGAGAGGAAAGCACGAGACAGAGCAGUCGGAGCGCAGGAACCUCGAAAAGAUGAUGCAGGCAAAGAUCAACGAGUUGACGGGCCAGCUGAGUGAGCAGAGUCGCAAGCGUGAGGAGAAUAUGCACACAGUUGACAUGGUGAUGCGCGAGAAGGAGCACGCUGCACAGGCAGAGAAACUCCAGCUGUCGGCUAAGAUGUCCGGCACUGUGGAGGACGUGAACAAGCGCCUCGCUGCGAAGGAGAUGAAGAUACGUGAGGAUAUACAGGCCAAGUACCAGCAGCUAGAAAAGUUGGUUCACAAGGAACAGGCAUCUCGAAAAGAGUAUGAGCGUCUUUCGCGAGAUGAAGCAGACAGAAAAUGGCAGUCACUCAAGAAGGCGCUGGAGGAGGAACUAUUGCACCUCAAGGAAGCCAUCACAAAUGAACGGGGUAAGAGUCGGGACACAGUUGGCAAGCUGGACCAGGCAAUAACCAUCGUGGAAAAACAGCUCACUGAAAACCGCAAACAGGUUGACAAGGUCAUGGCUGCGGAGAUCAAGUCAAGGAAGAUACAUGAGGUUGGUACACAGAGGGAGAUCUCCAGCGUGAACAACAAGCUUCAAAUCGCCACCUCCACACUGCAACAGGCGAUUGGGGGCGUGUCCCAGACCAUCUCAUCGAACACUGAGAAGAUGAGGCGAGAGUUAAAGGAGAUGUUGAACGAGCAGCAGCAGGGCAGUACACGUGCGCUCUCUGACAUGGACGCGCGUAUGACCGCUGUCAAGCAGCGUAUUAACAACAUGGAGGACAUGCUUGACGCAAAAGUCAGCUCGGGCUCGGAAUGGAGUUUACGAGAGGUGAACGAUCACACUGGCACGGCUGAGGCCUCACAGACAAUGUCAGAGAGGCUAAACGAACGUCUUGAGGCGAUCACUAAAUGGCAGGAUGCAACAGGGGACACGCUGCGAGAGCUAGGCAGGAGUGUUCAGACCAUCCCACAAGAUAUCUACCAGCUGGAUGAGAAAUUCAAGCUCCUCAAGUCAGAUAUGGACUCAAGGACCAGCUCAGAAUCUGAUGCCAGGUCACGUGAGAUGGAGGAGUUGAGGCAGGAGGUUUUGACGCUGAAGGCACGGCUGGACAGGCAGCCCAAACCAGCAUCCCUGCAGGACAUCGAGUCUAAAAAUAGAUUCCAAGAUGACUCGUCCAAGGUAAAUGUCGGAGUACGAAAACUUGCAGAUAACCUCCAAACUGUGAAGACCGUCCUGGGUAUGAAGAUACAGUCAGAACAGAAACUUCGAAUCACAGGCCUUGAGGAUUUGCAGGCACAAAUAAAUCAGCUUAAGAUAUUGAGUGGCAGCAGUCUGAAGUAUGAUCCUCCACACAGGAGCCAGAUGGACGACCUUGACACAGGGCUUGGUUGGGAUGACCUUGGCUCCAUGGGCACCUACCCUAACACACCACAAUCAGAGGACAGGUCACGCCAGAGAAUGACUGACGCAAGUCGACCAUCCCAGCAGCCAAUCAUAGAAGAAAGGGAAGAAGAGAGUCCUUUUGAGUCAAAGGGUUUAAAAAACAUGAACAUACCCUCCCCCUCUCCCAAAGCUGUAGAUGAGGCAGUGAAUGAGUCACCCAGAUUUGGUGGGAAACCUGACACCAGCAGGCAAACCCCUGGCAAUGUUACCCCUGACAACUGGAAAACCACGCCCAGGGGAGAUAUCAAAUCACCAGAAGCUGGCCAGUCGGGCAAGAAAACACCCCAGACUGGAAGGUCAGAAGGCACUAAGACCCCCAACAAUGGCAAGAAAUCCCCUGGUCAUAGGAGUCAAGGAAACAGGACUCCUGGCAACCGUGGCCAGGGAAACCAGUCUCCUGGCAACCAGACACCUACAAAUGCACAAGGCAACACACCACGCAAUCAAGAUUCUGGAUUAGAUGAUGUAUAAAUGUUUAAAUUGAUGGCUGAUGUGGAAGUCCAAGCUCAUGUACAAACUAUGGGAGGUCAGGGCCCGACAACAAACAGCAGAUAGACACCCCACACCCAUAGUUUCACCUAAACCUAAAUCCCCUGUGGAAAAAACUCUUGUGGAGUCGCC